UGCCGCAACUUCCUUCCCAAAUCUCCAGCUCCCAGCCCCCAGCAAUCCUACACCGCAAUCCUACAACUGUAUUGUCCUCUUAAGCGCGAGCGAUCCAGUCUGCCGAGGCAAGAAAGAUUCAAUCGAUGGGGAAAAAGGGCAAAUUGGAAAAAAAUAAAUGCUCCUGCUCUCCAGAAAGAAAACGUAGACGGAGCCGCCAAGCCCCGAGCCUGCCGCGGGCUGCACGGCCCGCGUUCCUGGCAGGUGGGGAGCCGUCCGGCGCGCAGAGAGUUAAAGGCAUCAUCGCAGCCAUUAGAGGGAAAAGUUGCGGCGCGGCGAGCCCGGUGAAGUCCUCCAGCCCGCCCCCCUUGCCCACUCCCCACUUCCCGAGCUGGCUCGGCGUUUAGGGAGGGCAGUGAUCACGCAAGCCGGAGCAGCGGGCUGACGUUGGACGAGCUGCCAGGUAGCUGAAAGCAGGCAGCGAAGCAGCGGAGGCACUUCCCCGCGCUACAAGCCCGAGUGUGGACUCGAAGCCUCUCCGAAUCCGAGCCAGCUGGUUUUAACCUUCGCGAAUUGCACUCCCCUCUCCCCAGAGCCAGUCCUCGCGGAGUGAGCAGCAGGAUGUUUGCUGGGUCGCGCGCAGGGCUCUGAGACUGAGCCUCUGAUACGUUUGCAUUCCUAUCUUUUUGGGCUUUUUGGCUGUUGGCUACACUGAUGUGACCCCCCCCCUUUUGGAAUGAUGGGGAUCUUUUUGGCAUAUGUUGGAUUUGUUUUCUUUUCCGUUUUAUAUGUUCAACAAGGGCUGUCUUCUCAAGCAAAAUUUACCGAGUUUCCGCGGAACGUGACGGCGACCGAGGGGCAGAAUGUGGAGAUGUCUUGCGCUUUCCAAAGUGGCUCUGCCUCGGUGUAUCUGGAGAUCCAGUGGUGGUUCCUGCGGGGGCCCGAGGACUUGGAGCCCGGGGCCGAGGUGGCUGGUGCGCAGGUGGAGCUGGUGCCCGACCGAGACCCGGACAACGACGGGACCAAGAUCAGUACAGUGAAAGUCCAAGGCAAUGACAUCUCUCACAAGCUUCAGAUUUCCAAAGUGAGGAAAAAGGAUGAAGGCUUAUACGAAUGCAGGGUGACCGAUGCCAACUACGGAGAGCUACAGGAACACAAAGCCCAGGCCUACCUGAAAGUCAACGCCAACAGCCAUGCCAGGAGGAUGCAGGCCUUCGAAGCCUCGCCCAUGUGGCUGCAAGAUAUGAAGCCUCGCAAGAAUGUCUCCGCGGCCAUUCCCAGCAGCAUCCACAGCUCUGCCAACCAGCAAAUGUACUCCACCUCCAGCCCUCAAGCGGUAGCCAAAAUCCCCAAACAAAGUCCACAAUCAGAUAAUACUACCACUAUUCCAAAACCGACAGAGACUAAACAGUGUUUCUCCAAGUGUCCUGCAGACGACUCAAGCCAGACUCACCAGGGAGCUUGUUAAAAAUUCAUAUUCUGAAACUCCACCUAGCACCUUUUGAAUGGAAGUCUCUGAAUCUAGAACCAAAAAUAGGCAUUUUUAUGUGCAGCAAAUUAUGAAAAUCGUUAGCUCUAAAAAGUUCUUAUGGAUGAGGAAAACAUUUGUAUCACUUACCAUGAGAUAGGCAUGCAUGUGUGUGAUGCUACAAAAUACUUGUACGGAAACUGGUCUUUUGCCAUUAUUUUCUGCGAUUGAGAUGGACUUUUGUGAAGCUCUUCUCUUCGCUCCGGUGAUCAACAGCUGGCACUUACAAGAAAACUGGCCGUGGUUGAGGGGUAGUUAUGUUUCUACGUAUGGAGCCUCUAGUCACUCAGCAGGGAUGCUGAUUCUCUGAACUCCAAAAUAUGAUUAUUGUGUUUUCACCGUGAGCUGAACCUGAGCAUUGAGAGGCAGCUGCUCCUACAGCUGCUAGAAGCCAAGAGCUCCCGAAGUUCCUCUGUGGCUGAUAAACAUGGCUCCUCUCCAACAAUGGCCGGAUUUAGCAAGCAUGAUCUUGAAACAGAAUUCAAAGCUGGUGCGGGGAGGCAGAGGAGGGGCUGAGGGUCUUGCAGGAGGCUGUUUUCCUCAUUUAAAAUAUGAGGAAAGUGUGUGUUGCCUUCCGGUAGCGAGCCAAUAAUAUAAUUUAGACCUCAAUGUUGAUUUUGGUUUAAAUGAUCCAACUUGGCUGCUUACACAGGUUAAAUUAAUUUGAUCACUGUAAUUCUAUCAGUUAAAUGGCUGCUAUGUAAAUCAAGUGUCUAUGAAUAUGGUGAAAAAUAGAUUUGAGGCAGUGCUUUAGAUAAUACAGGCCACUGGAUCUGCUAGAGCUGUGUUUGAACCGGAAUUAAGUAGAUUAAAAGUCUAUACUGGCUAAAUUCGCUCGCAAACCCAUAUUUAACUCAUUGAAAUUCAGUAACUAGCUGAGCCCAUAAAACCAAGGCCCAGCUCUAUGUUGGAAGGGCUUUUCAAUGCACCACUGGUCACAUUAGGAUUCACUUGUGAUUGCCGGGAGCUCUGUAGUUGAGGAGACAUAAAGCAGAAUUGCCCGUGUUAUAAGCUCGUCUCUAACGAUUGCAUGAUUUGAGAUAUCAGAAAGCUGCCAGGUGAGCAGCUUUCUGGAUAGAUAACCAAAGGUUUGAGAAGUUGCUGGAAGACUUAAUUCUGUUGGUCAAAGUAACACGUGUCCUGGAAAAGACAAGCGUCCCCUCUCCCAAGGAACACUGUUGUCGCCUAAAGCCUAACACAGGUGCAUUCAUUUCAGUCACAAGGGGCCAUGGGCCCAGCAGCUAAGGAGGAAGGCCCUUCCCAAGUCACCUCCAUCACUCACAGCUGGCCAUGUCUCCCUUUCCUCAUUUGUUAAAUGGGAACUAUGGUAUAAACCUCACCAGGUUUUGAGAAUUAAAUGAAAUCAUAUGCAGAGAGAGCUUGGCAUUGAUCAAGCCCUCAAGAAAUGAUAACUAGUUGCUGUAUUAAUAUUGUUGCAUACACUUUUUUAUUAUUCUGAUUAUUAUUAGGAGCAAUGAGGUGCUGAGAGUAAAUGGUCUACACCACCUGGCUCCGCUGUGGUGCGUAUUUUCCUUAUUGGGUGAGUGUAGAUGAGGGGUUAAAGAAGGAUUUGUUCCUGGCUUAUGUUUUAUCAUGUAUAAUUUCAGAACUUUCUUUUUUACUUCUGUCACAAUGCCAUUAAUUGAUGAUAAAUUUUCCCCUAUAUAACCAUACUAAAUAUAUUAGUGACCAGCUGUCUUGCCCAAGGUUGUAACUAGAUCCUUACUGUAAAGCGUAAUAAAAUUCCAAAGGAUUGUUAAGAAUUUGAACUAUGUGGCCUGAAUAAACAGCAUGUAUUUGGAAACCACAAUUAUGCUCACUGGCUGCUAACUUUAUUAAAUUCAAGCUUUCAAAAAAGACCCUCAGAAUUUUUAAAGUCAUAAAAUGAUCAUAGAUACAUCUAAAAACGUAAGUAAGAACAGGUAAAAGCUUUAAAAAGAAAAAAAUAAAAUGGGUUUAGAACGAGUAAACCCCAGCUUGUUUGUUGAGCGAGCUGUGUACAAAAUAUCUCUGAGCCUCAAGAGCCAUAAUUUAUAAAACAGAUAUUAACACAUAUGCCCUAAGGGGCCAUUUUCUGCAUUAAGAGACAUGAUGUAUUUUAAAUAUCUAUCAGAGUAAACCUGGCAAAGAGUUCAGCAAUGGUUGGUUCCUUCCUCUUUACCUACAGGAUUUUAAAGCAUAUUAUUAAAUAACUAUGAUUUAAAAGGGUAAUAAAGGAACAUAAAUAUGAAUAGAGAUGAAAGAAAAUAAGCCUGGAAAUCCCUCAAAUUAUAUAAAAUAUUUUAAUAUCUGAUGAGCUAAAAAUAUAAGAAGGAAGGAUUUAUUUAAUUAAUAAGUAACAAAAGGAAACAUUAUUGUAAUUUAUGAUAUGUAUCCAAAUGAACUCAAAUUAAUUAAAGAGCUAAGCAGAAAAGAAAAAUCAGAGAAAGAUUAGCAUAAAAUCAGAGGCCUGAGGCUUUGAAGAUUUAGAGUUACAAAAUAUGCAAGUGAAAAUAACAUUUUACUAUAAGUAAUUCAAAACAUUUGUUUAAUUAAAUCAAAUUUAAGUAAAAAGUGAUACAGCAGACAAGGAAAUAUGUGUGUCUAAUACUUAGGAAAAGAAGAAAAUAAUCUCAAUUUUACAUAUGCUAUAAUUAUGUAAUCCAUUCCAAAUGAUUUAGAAAUAUCAAAAUAAACUUAAUUCUCUAUUUGACAGCAAAACUGAAAUAGAAAAUACUUGGGGCUUAAUACAUAAUUUUCAGUAGUAACAACAACAACAACAAAAAGUAUAAAAUAUCUAGUUUUUUUAAAAACAAUCGCAAGUAGUCUAAAUAUGAAGACCAUUAGAACACUUUGUUCAGAGAGUUUAAGUUGGAAUAAAUGAAUGAAUAUGCAUGUUUUUGGAUGGACAGUCUCAAUUUUAAAUGUGUCAGGUUUUUCAAAAGUAUUUGUAGACUUGAUGCAGUCUCAGUCAAAACCCUAGUCUUUUUUUAAAACUUGAAACAUAUAAUCUUGGCAAAGAUUUUUAGAAUCAACAUGUAUCAUCAAGGUUACAGUGACUCAGGCAUUUUGCUAUAUGAUUACUUGCACGGUGAAUUGGUACUUUCCUUCUAGAGGAACAUUUAUCUGGAAAGCUCAGUCACAGGGCUUUAGACCGUGUGACCCACUCAUACCUGAGGUGAUGUUCCUGGAAGGAAAGUCCAAAAAGAUCAGUAGUGAAGCAAGCCCAGAGGCAUGAGCGGAGAUGCUUCUCACAGAGGCCUUCCCAAAACAGCAAAUACCCAAAUGACCAAAAGUAAGGAAGUUACUUGAAUGUGUUAAAAUGUUAAAACCAUGCAGUGAGUAUUACGCAGGUUCUAAAAUCAAGUUUUAAUGAAAUUAGAUAAGAUUCAAUACAGAAAACAACGUGAGAAAUACAGGCUACAAAACAUUAAAGUAAAAAAUAAAGAAUACAAAACUUUAAGUCAAUCUGAGAUACUUGCAUAGAAAGAUGAUAAAUGUAUGAAAAUGUACAGCAAAAGUCAAGAUGUUAUGAUUUUUAAUUAUUUGAUUAUUUUGUGUGUAUAAUUAACAUUUAUACAAUGAUAAUCCAUUGCUUUUGUUAUAUGGAAAAAAAAAACCACAUUAUUUAAAAUUUCCCAGAUUUAAAGAUAGGCUAAUGA